AUGGUCAGCAUCAGCGACGCCCGCGGCACCAUCUCCACAGCCAUCGACAACGACGAUGGCGGACUGCGCGCGCUGAACCUGGACAUCCAUAGCCACCCGGAAACGGCGUACGAGGAGCGCCACGCCCACGAUGCCAUCUGCGCGUUUCUCGAGGCGCGGGGCUUCACGGUCAAGCGCCACACGUACGGCCUCGAGACAUCUUUCGAGGCCACCGUCGGUCAGGGAGGCCGCCUGGUCGUCUUCUGUGCCGAGUACGACGCCCUGCCCGGCAUCGGCCACGGCUGCGGACACAACUUGAUCGCCACCAGCUCGAUUGCCGCCUUUGUCGGCCUGGCCACGGCCGUGGUCAAGGCCGGCGUCGCUGGCCGCGUCAGGCUCCUCGGCACGCCCGCCGAGGAGGGCGGCGGCGGCAAGGCCAAGCUCAUUGACGCCGGGGCCUUCGACGACGACAUUGUCGGGGCUAUCAUGGCUCAUCCGGCAUCCCAACACAUGUUCCAGCCCGGAUUCCAAGGGAUCGCCGGGUUCCGCACCAUCGCCAGCCACAAGCUCCGCGUCGAGUACCACGGACGAGGGGCGCAUGCCGGUGGUGAGCCCUGGAAGGGCCUCAACGCCCUGGACGCCGCCGUCGCGGCUUACAACGGCAUCUCCAUGCUCCGGCAGCACAUCAAGCCCGACGAGAGGAUCCACGGUGUCAUCGAGAAGGGCGGCGAGGUGCCCAACGUCAUCCCCCACUAUACCCGCAUGAAUUGGUACGUCAGGAGCCCGACCGUGGCCUCCGGCGACCUUCUCCUGGCCAGGGUAAAGGCGUGCCUCGAAGCGGCAGCGACUACCGCGGGGUGCACGAUGAAUUAUAUCUUUGCCCCUACGUACGAGGAUCUCCUGAUCGUCGACAGCCUCUGCGCGGCCUACUCUGACGAGAUGGCGGCGCUGGGUCGCAGUGUCCAAGUCAAGCAGAUCGAGGCCGGGACGAUAUCGACCGACAUGGGCAAUGUGUCACACAAGAUCCCCAGCUUCCAUGGCGUCUUCGGGAUCCCCUGCGACAAAGACGUGCCUGGCCACGAUGUCCGGUUCGCCGCGGCCGCGGAGAAGGGACAGGCCCACACGGAAUGUGUGCUGAGCGGAAAGGCCAUGGCGAUGCUGGGGUGGAAACUGCUCACUGACGAUGCCUUCGCCGCGGCGGUAAGGCGAGAUUUUGAAGAGGCACUGGAGAAGGCGGCUGAAGGAUAG